CAAUCACAGCUCUCUCUCCAUGACUGUGACGUUUUCAUUGAAAGAAAAUGUAGGCAGUUAUCUAACAUGAAAAUUAAAAUGCAUCAAGCUGUGUUUGUAUUUCAGAAUAGCACGUCUGUUCGCCCUACUGAUUUUUGACGAAAUUAUACAUAUUCAACAUAUUCUGAAACCUUGACAAACUUCUAUUUCAUGGCUGUGUAACUCUGCUUUAAUACUUAGUAUUCAGGCUACACAAAACACCACACUAUUACAGCUACACCAACUAACAGUAGCUGUAACUUUAGUAUAAAGAUAAUGUCAGGCAGGAGGCAUUCCUCUGAGCUGCCAAUGGCACUGCAUAUCUGUACGCAAUGCAGGAAGACUUUCGAGAAAAACAAGUAGUUUCUCGGCAGUGAAGAAAAUAACGAAACUAACAGAAACGUCUGGAUGCGUUUGGGGAAACUCCUUCAAGCCUCAGCCGACCAAGUCCUAGUUAACUAAGGAGAAAGAUGGAUGUUGAUUCCAAUUUUAAGCAGUAGUAGAUUGCGCGUGGAGUUAUGUUAUUUUUAUAGCUAGAAGAAAUGGGUCGAUACUACUUGCCAUGUUUCGUCUGUUGUCUGUCUGAUGAGGAGAGGGACGCCAUCGAAAUAAGCAAAGAUAUCAAACGCAUGCUUGCUGAGCAGAAGAAAAGAGAACGCAGCGAGAUCAAAGUGAUCUUAUUGGGCACAGGUGAAAGCGGAAAGACAACAUUUAUGAAGCAGAUGAGGAUCAUUCAUGGAAAGGGGUUUUCAGAAGAUGAGAGGCGUGGCUACACUAAACUGGUUUUCCAGAAUAUAUUCACAGCUCUGAGGGCAAUGACACAGGCUAUGUCUACCCUAAAGAUUCCCUACGUCAACUCGCAAAACGAGACGUAUGCCCAGCUUUUCCAGCUGCUCGAAGAUACGGAUAUACAUCGGAUAAUGCAGAUUCAGAAAGGCCACGUAGAUGCUAUCCGUCAACUUUGGGUCGAUAAAGGCAUUCAGUUCUGCUACCAACGACGCAGAGAGUAUCAGCUUCUAGAUUCCACAACUUAUUUUAUAAAGAAUUUGGACCGCAUCUCGGCUGAAGGCUAUGUCCCAACAGAUCAAGAUGUUCUCCAGGUUCGAUUCCCCACUCUUGGUAUAACAGACCACUGCUUUCAUUUGGAGAAGAUCACCCUCAGGAUUGUAGAUGUUGGAGGGCAAAGGGGCGAGAGAAAAAAAUGGAUCCACUGCUUUGAGAACGUGACAUCAGUCAUAUUUUUAGCUUCCCUCAGCGAGUAUGACCAGCGUCUGGAAGAAACCAACAAGGAUAAUCGCAUGCAGGAGAGUUUGUCUCUGUUCUACACAACCAUCCACUCGAAAUGGUUCUGUAAUUCCUCAGUCAUCCUCUUCUUGAACAAGGAAGACAUCCUGGCCGAAAAGAUUCAGAUCUCUGACUUAAGAACAUAUUAUCCUGAAUUCACAGGCAAACGGCGAGACGCACAAGAUGCAAAGAAGUUCAUCAAAGAGUUAUAUCGACACGAGGCGGUUUGUCGUGAGACAAAUAAUACCAAAAGCAUCUAUUGUCACUUCACCUGCGCCACAGACACCAACAACAUCCGGAACGUCUUCAAUGAUGUUAAAGACACUGUUCUCAUGAACUCUAUACAUGAGUACAUCUUUACCUGAGAGAUAUACUUUUACACUGGAAUUCUUUUUAGGUCUGUCAUCUAGUCCACAUUAGAGUUCAUUUUGGUCAGAAAUUUUCCACCUAGACUAGAAAGAGACCACUGAAGCGAUAUGUAAAGUCACCAAACAUUAAUUUAGAGGCAGAUUUAUCCUUAAUAUACAGUGUUCUUGAAAGUCAAACUGGUGUUAAAGCAGAAUAAAGCAGAAUUUUGCUAA